AUUUCCAGUAAUACACCAACAGGAAUAACAAUGUUUUCCCGGGCCGCCAAGUCCAUCGUGAAAACUAUCGGUCAGCGAAAAUAUCAUGCUGGUGAAGAGAACAUCAAGUCGGCGGUGAUUGGAGGCGCAGGGGAACUAGGACAAUCUCUCUCGCAAAUGUUGAAACGAACCUCGAAGCUCGACGUACUCGCACUGUAUGACGUGGCCGCGUUAAACAAACGACAUUUAACACCGAUGCAAAUCAAGCACUUUAAGGACAGCAACACCGCCGCGAAUACCGCGAAUUCGCGGAUGCUGACGAUGCUGGAGAAAUCGAGAUCGAAUAGGAGCGGCGAACAUCUGCAAACAUCGUACUUCUCGAAUCGUGUGUCAAAUGCGAACCAGAACGCGAGCGAAGAGCUCGUCAGAAGCCUGCGUCAGCUGCCCAUCGCCGAGGAAUGCGCUACAAAUCGGUUUGCCGGACCAACGAUGGAAUCGCAGAGGGCGAACAUCGAUUCGCUCGGAAUCGAGGGAUCGAGCGCGCGAGCCUCGGACCGAAGAAACAGGGGCCCUUUGUCAAUGACCUCUAACUCGAUCUUCAACCACGUCACGAAGAACCAAAUCCUCGACGGUCUCGCCAGUUCGUAUCGAGACAUGGUACUCUUGGAACAGGACAGAAUCGGCAACGACGACUACUUCCCCCAAGGCGAGGAAUACGAGGACGAGAUCGGUUUAGACUAUGGCCAACUGCAGAAAGAGUUCCCCAAUAAACGCGUUUCCAGAGACGAAGACAUGGAUUUGCGUCCACGGAGUCUUUCGUACGAUGGCACGUCGUUUAAAGAUCUUUUCGAGUCGUUGUCGUUGAAGAACGACCCAUCGAUUCUUCUUAGUUUAAGCGUUUAAAUGGCAACCGCUUGAAAUUCAUCGAAGAUACGAGACAUUUGUUGCCUAUGCGUUUACCCAUCGUUCGUCUGAUAUUACUAUAGAAGAUCGUCGAUAGAAUAUCGUUUCGCCGCGGAUUUCGCCUUGCGAUCGUGAUAGCCAUCUCCUUCGAAAACCAUCAUCCUUUAUUUUCUAUUCGUAAUACACGUUCGAUUCAGUCGUGGGCGAAGGAGGGAGGUGGGCCAGAGGCAAGGCGUUUGCAACGAGCGAUCGAAGGAGAAACGAGAGACCUAAGCAAAACGCGAUAUGAUGUAUCCAGGGUGUAGGGAGAAAGAGGCGGCAGCUACGAUUGGGCGAGCCGGACUGCGGCGAGGAUCCGCCGGAUUGGCCGAUAAAGAGCCCUUGCCAUCCGCCAAAGGGCCCCUGUAAGCCCAUGGGUCCACCAGGCUAUCCCGCGAAACCGAAGCCGGAAAAGAAGCCGUUUUGCGUUAAGUGUCCACCCAAGAAACCGUGCAAAACGAAAAAAUGUUAGGCGUUGGGCGUCACGCGCACCGAGAGACAGAGGGUACGUGGAGAUAGCGGCGGACUAAACGAUCCUCUAUCGAUCAAAAUCUCUGUUGUCUGCAUCGUAGGCCAAAUACGAUUUAAACACACCGUUGCUGAGGCCUCUUCUCAAGCUUUCCACCGCGAUGCUUGGUAACUUCCGAACCAGAAGUCGAUACUCUUUGGGAUCGUACGUUCUUAAUGGGCGCAGUUGGCCGUCGUCGAGAAUACCUAACGCGAGCCUGACGUUCGCGAGGAACUUUACCACUACACCCGCUCUAUCGAAGGGUAGCGAGAAGAUCGUGCGUUUAUCGAAAGGAUUGACGAGACGCUUGUGGCAAGAGCAAGCGAGAUUCUUUCGAAACGAUUCCAUCCUGAUGGGCAAAGCGCACGGCAAAAGGCCACCUCGUCCUCCCUCCAAACUCUCUUCCAAGUCAGUUCCCGAUUGUAGCAAAGGCCAGAAUUCGCGGAGAAGGUCUUGCAGACAAUCGUAUCAACGACAGAAGCCAUGUAUCCCACAGGAUAAAUGCGUACCACCCGCUCCACCGUGCUCUCGUCCACGCCCGAAGAACCCCAAGUGUCCGCAGCCUGAAACACCUUGCCCACCCCCUUGUCCCAUGCCCUGUGAAAAACCCGUGGAGAAGAAGUAUCUGCCGCCGAAGAUAUGCUAUCGAAAGUGUCCUCUGCCUCCGAGACCACCCAAGCCUCCUAAGUGUCCCAAGUGUCCAGCUCCGUUGCCGCCUCCACCGCCACCCAAGGUACCUCGACCACCCAAAUGUCCGCCACCCUGUCCGCCACCUCCCGCACCACCGCCACCCAGGUGUCCAAAAAUGCCAAAGUGUCCCGAAUGUCCACCACAAAGGGAGUGUCCGCCGCCACCGCCAUGCGAACCUUGCCCUUGUCCACCGCCAUGUCCUCCAGCCUACUGUCCACCUCCACCACCGUGUCCACCUUGUCCACCACCCGUUCCGUGUCCCAGACCGCUUCCUUGCCCACCUCCCCCUCCACCCAGAAUCUGUCCACCUUGUCCACCGUGCGCGGAGUGUCCCAAACCUCCACCCUGUCCACCUCCGCCACCGUGCAGUCCUUGCCCCUGUCCUAAACCGCCACCACCUUGUCCAUGCCCGAAACCCUGUCCACCUUGCCAACAAGUCGCCAAACCGCAAGUCUCCUGUCCCAAGGACGUCCCGUCUUGUCCCAAAAAUAGCAGCAAAAAUCCGCGAAAGAAGAACCGAAAUAAGCCGAGGAAGAGGAGGAUGUCUACUUAUCACGCGGUAUCUAGGUUCGCGCCUCCGAGCAUCGAUUACAGAAGAUUCCACGUCGACUCGACGUUACUCGGUUCGUCUGACAAGUCUAGGAAAUCCACAGCGAAACCACCCAGUUGCAAGGAUUUGGAAGACAUUUGCGAAGACAAGAGACGCAGCUGCGUGAAAGCUUGCGAGAGGAAGCCCGAGAAGAAGAAGAAGAAGAAGGACGUGUGUGCCGGCAGAAAGCCGGUAAAAUUGCGGGAGAAGAAGAAGAAGGAGAAACAGGACGAGUGUGACGACAGGUGCCUACCAAAGGGAAAGUGCGAGGUGCCUGAAAUCGCUAAACCGCCGAAAAUGGAAUACGGGCCGACUACUUGCCCAACCCCGAAGUUUGUCUCGCCUAAACCCUGUCCGGAAGUUCCCGAGGCAAAGUACGAGGUAGAAUCGUGCGUCGAAAUUCGAACGUCCGGUAAAGCGAAAAAAGAAAUUUGCAUCCCGCCGCCUCUUCCUGAACCACCGACGGACCCGGUGAUUCUUUGCCCUUGUCCACCUCCGCCGAAAAUGCACCCUGGACCUUGUCCUUGUUACGAUUCAAAAGCGGUUAAACCGUCCAAGCCGACGCUGCCACCGUGUCCGCAUAAGGAGAAAUACGUUUGUUGCAAAGAUCCGUUUUAUUGUCCACCGGAGAGAUUGGAGUGCAAGAGACGCAAGCCUUGCGAUCCCAAGAAAAUGAAGAAGAGGAAGCAGAGGAAGGACAAAUAGCGCAGAGAAAGUGAAUAUCCGGACAAUCGGUGAAAAUGGAAAAGCCAGAGGAGGAUUGCAGUUUCUCACGGGGUCUAUCUGACGUUGAUUUCCUGGAUCGAUGUUCGUCAACGAUAUUUUCAGUCGCUUCGUUCGUUGGCUCUCGCUUCGAGGAUCGAUCUAGCGCCGAUCGAAAUUGUCCUUCACCUAUUUGGCCUGUCUGUGACCGCUGGAAAGAUCCGAGGAACGAGACGCGGAGGGCGAACGAGCAGACUUGUUCGUGUGUGUUCUUUGUCGCGUGCCUGACGUCGCGCUUUCGUCUUAAAUUCAUUCGUUGCGCCGUCGAGUCUCGUCACGUACAGCCCCGACAAUCGUGAGGAAGGUGAAAAGCCGUCGUACAACGUGGCAGACGUCUCGAAAAUUCUUCGUCCGUUCGUAACCUCGCUGGAGGGUCGAGCUUCGUAACUCUAACCUCGGCUGGAACGACGAACCAGCCUCGUCGGCCACGCGACACUCGAUAUACAUUCGAUUAUUUUUUCUAAGAGAAGUCCAAGUCUAAAUUUGGAUAGGCCUCGUGGCCGAGAACUGUCGAUACUUUGCAGAGAAGAUAAAAGGACACGAGGAUGAUAGUCGCGUGAACUAGGCUCGGGAAAACGCAGCAACAAAAAUAAUCCGUGUAGUACUCGUCCCUGUAACCUGACCCAAAUGCCACGUAUCUCAAUCGCAAGGCGAACGUUCCGCCAAUGAAACGGAGAAAAUCGUCGAAUAAAUCCAA